GUGCAGCAUUUAACUUGCAUCGUUUGUUUCUGGAGUGCAUUUUGCUUCCUACAUUGAGGUGUUGUAGGUUUUGCUUGAAAAAGUCACAUUCCUUCCGCCAAUCUUUGUAAGUUAGUGCGCAGGCGCCGAGAGUACACGCUGCCCCGUUACAUUUGCUCCAGUCGUCGUCUUGUCUGUGUGUGUGUGUGUGUUUGUGUGUGGUAUCCUUUAGGUCAAUGUUUAGGACACACCCCCAAAGGUUUUCUUCAAACCUCGCUCAGUCAGUCAGGGGAUUUUAUUGUCGGAGUCCACUGCAAGCUCACGGACUGAGAGACCAUGUCUCAAGAAACAGCCAGAGGGGCCCCUGCCGGAGACCCCAAGCCAGAUAAAGGGAUCUCUGGGGAAAGGGUUCAGCAAAGGGGGAAAUGGGCCAGCAAAUCCGAGUUCUUAUUCUCCAUGGCUGGAGAAAUCAUUGGCCUUGGAAAUGUAUGGCGUUUUCCAUAUCUGUGCUACAAGAAUGGAGGAGGUGUCUUUUUCAUCCCUUACUUUGUGUUCCUCUUCUUCUGUGGUGUCCCUGUGUUCUUCCUGGAGACGGCGUUGGGCCAGUAUACCAGUGAAGGCGGGGUGACCGCCUGGAGGAAGAUAUGCCCCAUGUUUGAGGGGGUGGGGAUAGCAUCCCAAGUGAUUGUGGUCUAUCUGAAUAUCUACUACAUCGUGGUGUUGGCCUGGGCUAUCUUCUACCUGUGUAACUCGUUCCAGAGCCCGCUGCCUUGGUCCACCUGUGACAACUGGUGGAACACUGAGUCAUGUCACAGUACCGUAUCCAUGUUUGCCAACCCCCAUUUGUUUAAACCUGACUCCAACUGGUCAUUCCUAAACAACUUCACCGCAUCUGACUACUCUGAGAAACUCACUUUUCUGAAUGACACAGACCCUUUCUUUGCCACGUUACCUGAAGAGGAGUUCUGGAAGCACCGUGUGUUAAGAAUAUCAGAUGACAUGAACCUGUCUAAGAUACACUGGGAUUUGGUUCUGUGUCUCUUGCUUGCCUGGGUUAUAUGUUACCUCUGCAUCUGGAAGGGAAUCAAAGUCACAGGAAAGGUGGUGUACUUCACUGCUUCAUUUCCCUACCUGAUGCUGAUCAUUCUCUUCAUCCGUGGAGUGACGCUCCCAGGAGCGGGGGACGGACUGAGAUAUUACCUCACCCCUGACUUCAGCAAGAUCGCUGAUCCAACGGUAUGGUCUGAUGCGGGGACUCAGGUGUUUUUCUCCUACGCUGUGUGUCAGGGAGUACUGACUGCUCUGGGAAGCUACAACAAAUACAACAACAACUGCUACAGGGAUUGCUUGGCACUGUGUUGUCUGAACAGUGCAACCAGUAUCUUUGCUGGUUUUGUGGUGUUCUCAGUGCUGGGAUUCAUGGCUCAUGAACUUGGCUUGCCUUUGAGUGAAGUUGCCAGUGCUGGUCCUGGUCUGGCCUUCAUGACCUAUCCAAAGGCUCUGUCGUUGCUGCCCGUCUCGUCCUUCUGGACGGUGCUAUUCUUCCUCAUGAUCCUCUUCUUGGGUCUGGACAGUCAGUUUGUAUGUGUGGAGAGCCUGGCCACAGCCCUCACCGACAUGUUCCCACGUUACCUGAGGAGACCGUACGCCAGAGAGAAACUGACCCUAGUCAUCGCUGUCGUCUGUUUUCUACUGGGGCUGCCCCUCAUCAGUGAGGGAGGGAUAGUCCUCUUUAACCUGAUAGACACGUACGGUCCUAGUGGAACCAGUCUCCUGAUCAUUGCCUGUGUAGAGACCAUUGUGGUUGGCUGGGUGUACGGUGCGGACCGUUUCUAUGACAACAUUGAGGACAUGCUUGGGUACAGACCGUUCCCCGUGCUGAAAUACUGCUGGAUGUUCAUCACGCCGCUCAUCUGUGGAAUCACACUGUUAUAUAACCUGUUACAACCACAUAUCUUCAUGGUGUAUGGUUAUGUACCUGGUUUCUGGAGUACCAUAAUAGCCAGACUUCUUAUCAUCACUCCACUGAUAUGCAUCCCAGCAUUCACUUUUGUCUCACUCUAUAAGAAUCUUAACAACAUGACUACACCAUCCAGUGAUCUGCGUCAGGUUCGACCACACAAGCCAAUCCUCACACUGUGUAAACGCGUCAUCUUCGGGCCACAGAGGCAGCCAAACACGAGUGUGGACAGAAGAGAAGAGAAGAUGAUGAUGGGGGACCACGGUGGGGUUUGAUGGUCAUUGAUGACACUUAUAGGCCUGAAGCAAAUUAUGGUGGAUAAAUGGUCUCAUUGAAUUGUAACAUGACAACAAAAAUACACUUUUUAAAUCAGAUGCAAAGUUUUAUAAAAGUUAGGGUAAUGUUUUUUUUUUUUGUUGUUACAUAAGACCUUACUCUCUAUACUUCUUUUAUCAUGAAUAAUGAUGUGAGCGUCACAUAUAAUGUUCCUGUACACCUAUAAUCCUGUAUUUUUCUUAAAAAGUACUCCACAGAUUUAGCACUGGUGAUGGGCAGUUAAAAAAAAAAUAUCACAAUCAUUUUGUAAUUUUCUAGGAGAUUGAGGAGGAGUAGGGGAGAGAAAGAGAGAGCAAGCUUUAACCAAGCCUUUAUUGAUCCAGGUUUUCAUUUGCAAUAAAGAAAAACACAAGGAUGGAAAAUUUAAAACAUACAAACCACCUUGCAUCCAAUGCAUACCCCCUCUGUGUUUAAAAACAGAAGAUAUUGGAAUACAUUUACUUACAUAUAUUUACUUAUACUUCAAAAGAUUGAACACUGAAGAUACUGCAGCGUGUGCUCUGUGAACAAGUAAUCAAAUGUGCCUGUGAUCUGUCUACCGGGAUCAGCACACAGAUCUUUAUUGUAUAAACAAACGAUGCAAAAAAUGUAUAUUCCAGUGCACUAAGGGUUGUUAGGAUUGACAAAUAGCUAUCAAUAGAUGACAUUAAAGACAAUAUGGUGCAAACUACAUGUUUCGCAUGUUGAUUCAUCAGUGAAUAUUUGACAUGAAGCGAUGUACUAAAUACGUAGUUCGCUCCUUUUUGUUUUUAAUGUAAUUUGUUAAUAAAUAGUGUUAAUCCUAGUAUUCUUGUGUACACUGGAAUAUUUAUUUUAUAGGACCAAUUUGUGUACAUUAUCUUCAAUUCAUUAUCUGUGUUUAUACUAUAUGUGCAGACAAUGGUUACAAACUGUAUUAAUCUCAUUAAAUGUGUCAGUUUGCUAAAUA